AUGGAUCCCACCACUUUAAUCACCUUUCUGUUCAAGGCGCCUCCGGAGGUCCGACUCGUGGAACUGCUCGGGUCAUGGGACAACUUCACCCAACCCUACCUUAUGCAUCGCGACCGGAAACGAGGGCCUUGCUGUUGGUCUGGCUGCUUCAAGUAUCAGAAUGUCAUCUUUGACGGUGACAAGCCGAAUUGGUCUCGUCCUCGCACCGGCGGGCUGAAGCAGGGCGGCACGUACUGGUACUACUACCGCCUGGACAACGACUUCGAGACGCCGGACGAGACGAAAGAUCUAUCCACUCACUGUCCUUUACUACCCGGCCAAACAGUCAACGUCAUCGACAUCCCCUUGGAGCUUGCCGAUUCGCCUGUCCGCUCCCGGAGUGCCAGUUUGGAUGCGUUCCUCGCCCUCGCCAGCGAAUCGAGCACUCAUACUCUGGAGCCCGGGGACAAAUUCUCCCCUCUCGAGCCCCCGCCGGUAUCAAGAGUCCAUCAGAGGUGUGUCUCGGAGCUGGCUCUGAGUACCACACUGGUCGACAAUGAGGAGGCAGCCCAAGCCUCGCCUACCUCGCCAGGUGCAUUUGUAACAUCCACUCAAGCUCCAUCUGUGCAAGCGCCCAAACCCCGCUACUACACAGACGUCGCUCUGGAGGAUGACGAAUACUCGGUGUAUUCGCGAGAGUCUUGGAGCUCGGCGGCGUCCAGCCUUGCGCACUCCUCCGUCCUCGACGCCUAUGAAUGCCACUUUGAGAACAAUUUCGGAGCGCCGACCUCGUACUCCCCGGUCCUGGAUACGCCGCCAAUGCCGUCUCGUUCAGCGCCACCAUGUCCUGCGGAUCUUGUUUCUGCAGUCUCAAUGUUUGAAACACCGCCAAUGCCCACUCGUCCCGCUCCUUCUCUGCCUUACAUUACGAGCGAAUCAGCAGCAUCCAUGUUCGAAGGCCACGGUGACAUGGAAGAAACCACGCAACGAAGCACCACCUUACGACCAACUACCUUCUCCUCGUCCAGCGAUGGAGACGAUCGCCCCUGCUCACGCCACGGCUCCAGCUCAGCAGUUACAAACUUCCGCGCCGCGUUGGCCCAGCACAGCAAUUUCCAAUCAACAUCAGUCGAGAACUUCCCCACAUUCGACUCCAACAUCCACGCCUCCGUGCCAGAAGACGACUACAUCCGAGAGGAAGCAACCGAAGAAGACCAAGCCGCACCCAACGAAUCAGCAAUCGAAGAAGACCCCUACGAAGAAAUGCUCUCCCCCACCUUCUCCGCACCCACCCUCAGCUCCCGCGGCGGCGGCGUCAACACGCCCUACCGCCUCAGCGCAGGCCCACUACGCAUCUUCACGUCCGGCGAAGAAGACACCUCCCUCGAAAGCGUAGCGGAGCGUCUGCGCUCCCUCAACCUCAACUUCACCUUCACGACGCCAGCCCUCGACUCCAGCCCCAGCCCGAGUCUUCCCUCGCCUUCCGCUCUGCGGCGCCACGAAGACGAGCAGCGCCCGCGCUUGUUCGCUGCGUAUUCGCUGCCGGAGCAGGAAGUUCCGGUCGGGCUGGGCAUGUCGGAGCAUCAUGGUGCGAAAGCGAGGGGUGGUCUCCUUAUGCCGCCUGCGGUGGAGGGCGAGCAGGAUGCGGAUGAAGAAAAGAAGCGGCUGCAUCGCUUCUCCUCCUUUGCGGACUCGAUUUUCUCCGAGCUGGGUUAUUUGGGCUCGAGCAUUGGCUGA